AUGUUUCGGAAACUUUUUACACCAGAAAAACGUAGAUGUGAAAGCACUUCCUCUGAAACAGGCUCUUCAGAGGUAAUUACCAAGGCAGAUAUUCCUGAGAUCCCGUUGAAACGGCAUUUUUUCGGGAAACCGCUAGUAUGGAAAGAUCCCACAUGGAAAGAAGCCACUAAAUCCGAUUCCCUUUCAAGUACACCGAGAAUUCCUAGGUCCAAAAGCUUCUCUUUUCGUACUUUGACCAAACGAGACCAAGUUCUUUGUCUUCCCCGCAGCAAAACUGUCCAAUUUGCUGACCAAAUCCACGAUCGUGCCAAAGUUGAAGAAUCGGAGACUGAGUUAUAUGGCAGUGAUAGUAGCACACUGAUUUCUGCUUCGGAAGAAGGGAAGCUAAGUGAAGAAACCAUUCAAAAGGUGCAGGCAAACUUGGGAACAAUAUUCUCUCCAGAAAACGAACAGAUGCCCUCGGAGUCUGAAAAUGAUGACAUUGUUUCCGAACCACAAACGAAAACAUGCAAUGAUGAAACUACAGAGAGCUCUUUUCUGGAUUCGUAUGGAGAAAACGAGGAAGAGGCCAAAGAAAACCAGACUCACAUUGAGCUACUUUACCCCAUCUACUCUCAAGCAUGUAGCAUAGUACAACUCGACCCUAUGGAUUUGGCAGUUUGCACUUUAGAACAGAUGAAAGCAGACAUAAAAGCAGCCAUGGAUGAUACGGGAACGAAUAUGAAUUCCACCAUUCGCAUCAUGAAAGGGUUGAAGACAAAAGUAAAUGAGCUUAGUGGCCAGAUUGCAGAAGUGACAGAAGAAAACGUGGAGCUUAAAAAAAGGCUUGAAAAGAAGGAAAGCGAUAUUGAUGAUUUGAAAGAGCUUUUCCACACUAGUAAAGAAGCUCAAAAUGAAAACCGCAAGCUCAAGGAAGACCUCACACAGAAGGAAAGACAACUAGAGGAAUUCAAGCAAAAGAAUGAAGCUUUAGAGAAAUCCAUACAGAAGGGAAAAAACUCAGAGGAAAAGAAACUGACAUAUAUCUCAGAGAAAAUGAGUGAAGAUUCAUUUCGUGCGUCUAAGGAUAAGGCCUUGGAGAACGAAAACAAGGAGCUUGUGGCAAAAAUCGAGUCAUUAAAGGUGGAGCUUGUCCAAAUGAAACAGAAGGCUGAAUACGUCAACGAAGCAAAUGCCAAACUUGAUCAAUACAAGAAAGAAUUGCGGGCCCAGCAUGAUAGAGCACAGGACAUGGUAGAGAAGGAUUUCAAAAUGUGCAAAGCCCUCAAAGAGAAAGAUGAAGAGAUUGACAGUGUCAGAAAAGAAAACAUCUUGCUCAAAGAAAACCAAGCAGAACAAAAAGAAAUGAGUCUGAAGAUGGAGGCAGAGCUUGAAGCCCAAAAGAAGAAAAACACCUCUCUCGCAGAAAAAUUGAGAGAUACCCAGAGCUCAAUCGAGAUGUACAAGCAGAAAUACCACCACAUCAUAUCCACGGAAAAAGAGUUGAUGAAAGAGUUGGAAAAGUACCAGACGUCCAAUCGCAUAGUGGUGGAGCUGUUGAGAAAAUUCAUCAAGUCCAAUUUCGAGGCACUUGCGUUGGCAUUCCAGCCCGAGUCGACCCAGGAAUUUGCGCAGGCAUACUACGAGUUUUCAGAAAUCAAAAUCUUUACCACCGCAGACAGAGGAACCGUUUCGCUUCUCUGUGCGUUUCUUUUGUCUAGCACCAGAAGUCUCUUGAGCCAGUGCCUUAAAAACGAAAAGGUUUUGGAAGCGGAAGUUGAAAACAGACUCAAGUACCAGAAAGAUGUGCUUCAAACAUUCACCAAAAUGACGUCUCGAAUUCUCCACAGCCAGAAUUUAAAAGCGAAAGCAGGACCGCCGGGCACUUUUUCCGAUCGGAGACGGACCUCACUAAAAUAUGAGCCGCACUAA